UUUGCAUGUACCAGGCGCUAUAUUAUGUUUAUUUGAAUUACUUGAUUAGUAUUUAAAUUUAAGAAUUUAUAAGCUAGUGACAUAUUUAAAAAUUAAUUUUACCUAAACGUGUUUUUCAUAUAAUUGUGUAAAAUGAAUACAAAACCGGUUUUUUCUAAAUCUAGAAAUAGUAUGUGGCAAGAGGAUAAAUCAGAUAUAGAAGCCCAUUCGUCUACACAAUUUGUAUAUAAUGCACAUCAUUCUCUUGCUCUUGAUAUGCAACGUAAACGGUUGCCGACAUUUAAGUACAAAAGUCAUAUAAUUUAUUUACUGGAGAAAUAUCAGACAUUAGUUUUAAUUGGAGAAACUGGAUGUGGGAAGAGUACACAAUUACCUCAGUAUCUUCUUGAAGCAGGAUGGUGUGCAGAUGGAAAAAUGAUAGGCAUCACGGAACCAAGAAGAGUUGCAGCUACUUCUUUAGCUAAUCGCGUUGCCGAUGAACGCAGCUGUAUUUUAGGCACGGAAGUUGGUUACUCUAUACGUUUCGAUAACUAUACCGACGAGACAACGAAGAUCAAGUACAUGACAGAGGGAAUAUUGCUUCGUGAAUUAAUGAGCGACCCAUUGCUGACGAGUUAUUCUGUAAUUGUAAUAGACGAAGUACACGAGAGGACCCUUCUUACGGACAUUAUCAUGGGACUUUUAAAAAAAAUAAUUCGGAAACGGAAAAGCUUACGGAUCGUCGUUUGCUCCGCCACGGUCGACGCAGAGCAACUUCGAGACUUUUUCAAUAUAAACGCAACAAAGGAUUCGACAAAAGAUACCGCGGUUAUUUUGUCCGUCGAAGGCAGACUCUAUCCGGUUGAUAUUUUCUUCGUAAAAGAGCCAGUAGCUAAUUAUGUUACCAGUGUCGUAGAAACUGCUUUAAAAAUUCAUGAAAAUGAAGAACCGGGCGAUAUUUUAACAUUUCUUACAGGUUUGGACGAAGUAGAUCAGGCAGUUUCUCUUUUAUCAGAGCAUGCAAAGCUCGUAAAAGAAGGCAAACUGAAACUUUUACCUCUGGCUAUGUAUGGAUCCCUUCCGAAUUCAGAACAAUUGAAAGUAUUUUGGAGAGCUGCCAAAGAUACUCGUAAAGUUAUUGUGGCAACGAACAUCGCAGAAACAUCUAUCACUAUUCCAAAUAUCGUUUAUGUUAUUGAUUGCGGCUUUGUAAAAAUUCCGUGGUACGAGGCAGAAACACAAACGAAUUCUCUCGUAAUUGUUCCGGUGUCCAAAGCUUCCGCAGACCAACGUGCUGGUCGAGCGGGUCGUGUUCGAACAGGAAGAACGUAUAGAUUAUACACGGAGGAAGUAUAUUCAGAAUUGUUUGAUGCAACACCACCUGAAAUGCAACGCUCGGAUUUAGCGCCGGCCAUUUUGCAGUUGAAAGCUUUGGGAAUUGACAAUGUAUUAAGAUUCAAUUUUCCCUCUGCUCCGCCAAGUAAAAAUCUUCUUACUGGUCUAGAGUUACUUUAUGCUUUAGGCGCGAUUGAUAGCAACGGAGAAUUAACAACGCCGUUAGGUAUGACAAUGGCAGAAAUGCCGUUAGAACCAGUUUUGGCUAAAUCUCUUAUAGUAUCAGGUGAAAUGGGAUGUUCUGAAGAAUUAUCAACGAUUCUAGCGAUGCUUCAAGUACAAAAUGUUUUCAUAAGACCAGUUGGAGGACAAGCUGCUAUAAAAGCAAGAGUGGCACAUAGAAAUUUCGAAGUUGAAGAAGGAGAUCUGUUAACGUUACUUAAUGUAUAUACUGCUUAUGAUAAGAAUAAAACACCUAGUUGGUGUCAGAAACAAUUUCUUAAUCAUAAAGCGUUACGAAGGGCUACCGAAAUUCGAACACAAAUGCAUUCUAUGAUGAAGAGAUUAGACAUACAAUUGGUUUCGUGUAAUGGAAACGUACAACAAAUUUUAAAAUGUAUAACUGCCGGACUUUUCCCAAAAGCAGCGUACUUACAUUACACUGGAGUAUACAAAACGAUACGUGGUAAUAGGGAUUUGUAUAUUCAUCCAAAUAGUUGUUUAUAUACACUUCAGCAACCUCAAUGGUUACUAUUCUGUGAAGUUUUACAAACAAACAAAACAUAUGUGAAGGACAUAACUGUGAUACAACCAGAGUGGUUAUUGGAACUAGCGCCUCAUUUUUAUGAAAAAACUUCUCUCGAUCCUAUUUAA